AUGCAUAUUGAGCGGUAUAUAACUUCUAGAGGAGGUGCUGUUGCAGCUGACGAACUUGCUCCAUACCUUGAUGUGCAAUCUUCCAAAAGUGCUACGAAGGAUGAAUCUUACAUUCUACCUGUCCUUCUUCGGUUUGAUGGUCAACCUGAGUUGGAUGAAGAGGUAUGCAAAUCUUCUUUCCGGUUGCUUGAAAUGCGAUGCCCCAAUGUAUUGUAUGUUGCUUGGGGAAACAUUCUGCAACGCACAGCUUCUGGGUCUAGUAGACGAAAGGAAUACGUGGGGAAAUGGUUUGACUGGGUUGCAGAUAUGGAGAAGUUCUUCAAGGACAAUUUAGUUCCUGAUGAUGGAAUCUUCUUUCUUCAUAGUAAAACUAGUUCAACCGAAAGGGCAAUGGUCAUUGGCAUGGGUGUUGUCAAUCUCUUUGGUGUUAUUGUUCUAAACGCCAUGCUAAAAGAGAUGGCUGUCAGGCCAAGUGGAUUUCUUACAUUUGUUAAGAACAUAUAUCCAUUACUUCAGAUAUACGCAGGUUCAUUCUUUGCCAUCCCUUUGGUACGGUGGUUUUCAAUCAAGAGAAAGAAUGAUCAGAUAGAGAAUAGAAACAAAGCUCGGCUACAAUUUGCACGAGCACUUGAAUCUCCUGAUAUUACACUACGGCGUAAGCUACUGAGUGCAAGGGAUAUGGCUCAAAAUACAGUCAUAGGGAAGGAGCGGAUCGUGUAUAGUACAGAUAAAGAUAUGAUUGAACAAGACUAUGAGGCUGACGAAUGGGAGAGACAAUUCCGAGAGGGACUUGUGACAUUGUGUUGUUACGCUAAGUUACGUAGCAGCUUACACAUCAUUUGCGACACAGAAUUAUCUCAACAACUUCCAUGGACACAGAGGAUGACAGAAGCCAUGGUGCAUAACUAUUUAGACAUUCGUCCUCUGUUUGAGACACCGAAAUUCAUGUCUCUUAAGUUCCAGAACUGA